AUGGAUUCUCCAGAAUUCAAUGAAGCCAUUCGUAGGGCCCCAAAGGGUAUGUUUAAAGAAGAUGAGAACGGCAUUCAUGUUGGGUUUGAGGAUUUGUUUCGCAAAGAGCCCAAGCAAGCUGGUCCUGGAGAGAUGAUUGGGAUGCUCUACGACCUCGGCAAAUCGGACGAUAUCAAUGCUCAGAUUCUGUUCUGGGUGGUUCUUGUUAUUUUUGUUAUUCCCAUUGUCAUUGGUAUGGUCUUUGUCUUGUUUGGAUCGCACAGACAGAAACGAAAGCUUGUGCCUGCCAUCAGCUCAUGGAUUCCGUUUGGUGUGACACUAUGGUUUAGUAGAAACCCAUUGGAUUUUAUCAUGACUCAAGGCAAAAAAUACUCGAAAGGGUUCAGCAUUCCUCUGGGAUUUAGUGAAUUCACUGUGUUUGCUGGUGUCAAAGGUCAAAAGUUAAUUUCAGCUUUUGAAGAUGACAAAAUGUCGUUUGCUCAGGGAUUCAAGCUACAGUUUGAAAAGACUCUUGUGUCGGGUCGUCUUAAGAUUGUCCAGGAUCAAUAUCUUCAGUCUGUGUUGACAAAACCCCGUUUUACUGACCAGAUUCACAGCUAUCUUCCCGAAAUGCUGCGUGCUCGUUUGGACCAUAUCAAGAAUGAGGAAUCUGUCGAUCUAUUCAAAUUUUCGUCUGAUAUUGCUUUACGGCUUCUGACUCGUCUUGCUAUUGGCCAAAAACUACUGGAUGAAAACGAUGAUGAUAUCAUCCCACUUAUGCAAACAACUGAAAAAACACUAAUGAGUCCUGGCACUUUGUUUUUCCGAUCAUUUUCAUUUGGUACCAGUGCUUCCAAAACGCUGUUCCAAGAUUUGCGCAUUAUUAUUCAAGAGGAAAUAGAAUUUCGCAAAGAAAACCCCAGUGAUGAAUCUUACUACGAUAUCAUUUCUAUCCUGACCAAAGCUGCUCCUCAACUUUCGGUCGAUGGUAUCGUGUCGCACAUUAAUUUGUUUAUUUUUGCCAAUCACUCUGAUAUUUCUGGAACCAUUGCAUGGACUCUAUACCAUCUAAUCCAGGAUCGCACUCUCCAAACUCGGGUUUUAACAGAGUAUGCUCAAGCCGUGAGUGUGUCGGAUACUGUCAAGGAUAAUGUUUCUACCCAGCCUUGUUUGACAAGUAUUAUCAAGGAGGUUGGCCGUUUGUAUGCUCCUCUGUUUUUAAUUCGUGGAUCAUUCAAGAAACAGCCUAUUGGAAAUUACGACAUUUACUUUUGUGAUAUUGUUGCAACUUCCCCAGCAAUGAUUGCAUUAAACGAAAAGAUCUAUGAAUCACCCAAGACAUUUGAUGCAAGCCGAUUUCUUGACCAACAGAAAAUCCAGGUUCUGACCCAGCAACAAAAGCUGCUGCAAUUCAACAACGCGCAGCAUGCUUGGUUCGAUCAUGUUAUUGCAGAAACCAUGAUCAAACGUACUAUCAUUCCAACUAUCCUGGAAACGUAUCAUAUUGAACUUGUGGAUAAAAAAUUUACUCCUCGUCCAAGCUAUCUCGAGUCGUUUUCUACCCCCUUUUCUGAUUUACCACUAUGUGUUAAAUUCUCAAACAAAGCAUGUAUGAUGGAUAAUGUAUCUAAACAGUCGAAUGCUAAAAAAUCAAAAUAGCGGUUAAACUUGGGUUUCUUUACGCCAUGCUAAAACGCAGAUUAAAUUGUCAAGUAGAAUUGAAAUAAAUGGCUCAACUGUUUGCUGUUUUUACAAUC